AUAAAAGGAGCAGUAGGAUGCGUGCUGUGUAUGAUUAUCGCGUGGUUACAAUUUUCUUUACUUACUUUUAAUAGUGUUUUGUCCCAAAGUAAAAUAUUUAAACACACUUUCGACUGUGUGUUUGUGGGAAUUUCGGAUUUGGGACGAUCUUGACGAUCUUGUUCGAAAUACACUGUGUGAGUCUGGAGACCGGGGGAACGCUCCAUAGCACUCAUACUUGGAAAGAGGACUUCUAUCUGCCAGAGGCACCACAGACUUUGAGAGAAUGACAGUGGCUGUGUGUGUGAAAAAAGGGGGAGGAAUGUAUUCCACCGUCAUACUCUCUUCUUUUCUUUUCUCCCUCCAUGCAAGUUGCACUCCUGCACAGUUCCACGGUCAUCAUGGGCGGAGAGUAUGUGUUGGGAAAGCCAACAGAGUAGUGACCAGUACAGAAUCUUUCCUCCAGCCAGUACACAAACCGUACCUCACCAUGUGUCUAAACCAACGCAUCUGUAGCACAUACAAGACAGUGUAUAAAGUCUCCUACAGACAGGUGAGUCGGCUAGAGCUGAGCUCCCACAUUUUCCCAGAAUGCUGUCCAGGAUGGAGACGUGUCCACUCGCUCAGCUGUAAUCACGCGGUGUGUGCGCAGGCAUGUCUUAAUGGUGGAUCCUGCACGAGGCCAAAUCACUGUGCGUGUCCAGUCGGCUGGACAGGACGCUACUGCCAGAUAGAUGUGGAUGAGUGUAAAGGGGCACAUGGUUGCAGUCAACAGUGCAUGAAUUCUGCAGGAAGUUAUCAGUGUGUGUGUGCUGACGGAUUCCAUCUGGCUAAAGACAGACAAUCUUGUCUAAGCCGUUGUCCUCUUCCUCCUCGUGCAACUGUAGAGAGCCAACGUGAAGUAGACAAUCACUUAUCCACAAAUAACAAUAGAGAUGAAGAUGCUGGACAGGUGGCAAAUGUUACAGAAGAGGUCCAGAUUCUCAGAAAUCGAGUACAGCUGCUGGAACAGAAAUUGGAGAUGGUCCUUGCACCAUUUUCCACUCUCUUUCCACCGGAGGAGGAUAUGGCCAACAGAAAUGGUAUCCUGUUGGACAGGACAGAUUUCCUGUCAGACCAGACCAACUUCCUGACACACUCGCUGCGGCAGCUGGACAGAAUAGACUCUCUCAGCGAGCAGGUCAGCUUCCUGGAGGAGCGCCUUGGAUCAUGUGAGUUUGAGCAAUGGCUCUUGCCAGGAAAACUAGAUGAUCAGUAACAACAAGGCACAUCUGCAACCUACAACUGAACACAGCCUGCCUUCAACUUCAGGAGAAAGAACAGUUAACCAGUGGUCACAUUGACAGCUUUGUCUUUAAAUAACCUGUAAGACAAAAAGUAUGUGGGCACCUCAUCAUCACACUCAUAUGAGCUUGUGAACCCAUGUGCCAUCUCUUUAUAACAGCCUCCACUCUUCUGAGAAAUCUUUCUUAAGUGAUUUUGGAGUGUGGCUGUUGGAAUUUGUGCUCAUUCAGUCAAAAAAGCAUCUGUAAGCUUGAGCACUGAUGUAGGAUGAGGAGGCUUGGCUUUCAAUCAACAUUCCAAAGGUAUUCAUUGGGGUUUUUGAGCAGGGGCACAGUAAAACUGAAAUAGGUAAUAGGUCUUUCCUAAAUUGCUGCCUGAAAGUUUAAAGCAGACAUUAUGCUGUGGCUUAAAUAAUACAAUUAAUUGAAUCUAAGUGGCUUAGCCCAAACCCUGAAAACCAGCCCUGUUAUACCUCCUCUAACAAACGUUAUGAUUGGUACUAUGCAUUGUACAUAGUGCUCUUAGGCUUGUGUUGAGUUCUUGCAUGGUCUACAAAUUUCUGGCUAAGUUGAAGCAUCGGAGCUGUUCCUGGAUGCUUCUGUUUCAAAAUAAUAGCACUUACUUUCACUAGUGCAGAACCAGGGCAGAAAUUUCAUGAACUGACUUGUGGCAGAGGUGCCAUGAUCAAUAAUUUCUUGAAUAUGACCCAGUUUAAUGUUCCAUGUUUGCCUAUGGAUGUUGCUUGGCUAUACACUAUGAACUCAGUAAUUAGGAGUGGUGUCUAUAUACUUUAACCCACAUAAUGUAAAUCUAUUAGCCUCCAUUCAUGUGAAUCGUGAAUGCAGCGCAUGCCAAGUAAAGAACAAAAAAAAAACAAAAAAAAAAACAAUGGGUUAACACCCUCAGGUUGAUUAUUUUCAUAUAAAUAAGUGUUGUAAACAACUAUAUUUGUGAUGUGACUUACAUAUAGUAGCUAUAAACAUUCUAUUCCAUCACAAAAUUCCUUUUCUUCUUUUAAUAAGACAAAAAAUGCUGCUUGUCAUGAUCCAGAAAAAAAGAAAAUGCAACUCCUUUAUCCUUAAGACCCUCCUUUUGCAGAAAACCACAUUACCUUCGACUGUUACAAAGCACUGACACUGAUGACUCCUCAUACGUUAACUGAAAUUUCACAGAAAGCCAUAAAUGGUUUUCUUUUCAUUAAAUAGCACGUUAAAACCUGUUAUUAUGUACAGAGCAUCAGAACAUCUGCAUAUUAAAAUGAGCAAUCUAUCCAUUCUCUACACUGUUUAUCUUAUUAGGUACAGUAACAGGGAAACUAGAGCCUAUCCCAGGAGACUUGGUGCAGGAGGCAGGGUACACACACACACACACACACACACACACACACACACACACACACACACACAAGCCAGUCAACCUACAAUUCAUGUCUUUGAACUGGGGAGGAGAAAAGAGAACAUGCAAAAUCCACACACAUUGCAGGUGUAAGGGAAACCAUAGUGUGAGGUGUGAGGCAAACCCUGCUAACCACCAAGCCACCAUAACCCCAACAAAUAAAUAGAAUUCUAUAAAAAAUCUUGUGAUCUUACUUUCAGUGCUCUUGCAGAUCAGACAUUUAUUCGAACCCUCUGAUAAGCCAGAAUUGAAAAUCCAACAGUAUGGUAAUGUAAAUGAUGCAUGGGAUUUCUAAUGGCUUUGAGAACAACCAUAUUAAUACCACUAUGAGCCAAGUAUUUUCUGCAAAAGCAAAAUACUCAGGACUCAAUACUUGCACACUUCUAUUGGCAACUAUUUUUGUAAGCAAUGUUUGUCAUUUUUAUACUCAACAUUUUUCUCCAGCUGUAUUAUGUGAGUGAAUUACUAUUUUGAUUAGAAUGAUGAAGUGCUUCUUGUGAAUCAAUAACGGCAUGCCUAUUCAUUUAUUAGUGUUUUACUUUAUUACCUUUUAUGCUGCAGAUGUUUCUAAUAAAGUCUGUUUGUUAUUUAGAA